UUGUAUCUGUAAAGUGCUGCCUGUCCGGCUGACAGCUCCAUGAUCGCACUGUGGUGUUUUGGCUAAGGAGCUGCGCGCAGCAUGGGCACCGGAGAUUACAUCUGCGUGACGCUGCGCGGUGGUGCACCCUGGGGAUUCACUCUGAAGGAGGGAGAGGGGGACACCUAUAGACCCUUGAUUGUCACCCAGGUGGAAGAAGAUGGUCGUGCCUUCCUGGGUGGAGUGCAGGAUGAUGAUGAGAUGGUGUCACUAAACGGGGAGCCAUGUGCUGAUCUCACCCUCUCAAAGGCCUUCGAGCUCAUCAACGCAUCAAUCGACUGUCUGCAGCUGCUUGUUAAAAGAUACAGCAUCAUCCCCUCAGAAGACAGUGAAUCAGAGACAUCCUGUUGUGAGAGGGACUCUCCUGGUGAGGUUGUAGCGAGCACCACCCUCCACAUCGUCUCCCCAAAGCGUCUCCCCAGGUCCCAGAGCCCCAAGGAACUCUUCAUAUCCCGGGAUGAGGUCUCCCAUGAGGAUUUGGACAGCAACACAGAGUUUCCCAAGAGACCCCAGCUGAUUUGCACUCAGCUACAUGCUCCCUCAUUUGGGGAUCAGAGAGGCCAGGAGGAAAAUGAUGAAGUUGCACAGAAGUGUCUCUCCCCUGGGGACAUGGUGGAGCUCCAGGUGUCCCUCUCUGAGCAAACCUUGGACGACGUGGGCUGCUCUUCUCUUGGGAGUGCUCUUGGGAUCGCGGGAGAAUAUUCAAACAGAGAGGCCAUUAUAACAAUACCAACCACCACCACCACAACCACCACAUCUUUUAAUGUGCCCAGCUCCGGUAGAGAGCCACUCGGCCAGCGUGGAGUGGUCCUCAGCUCCCCUUCCAUGCUGGGGCAGGUGGAGGUCAUUUUGCAGCAGCAGCCAGCAGCAUCAGAAGCAGGGAGGGGCAUCCUGAGUGUGGGUGGCCCCAAGGUCGGUGGAAGCUUAGGAUCCCAAAGCGAAGGAGAAGAAGGAGGAGGGCACUGCAAGGGAGUCCCUGGGUCAUUGACUGUCUCAUUCGGAAUUCCCCCAGAAGAGGGGACACCAGCAGAGGAGCAGGACUCUGAUUCUGAGGGGGAUCAAGAGAAACCCAACAAGCACAGGGCAAAGCAUGCCAGGCUCAGGCGUAGCGAGAGUCAGUCAGAGAAGCAGCUGAAGGAGGCCAAGUCCAAAUGCAAACGUAUAGCUCUUCUUCUUACGGCUGCUCCGCCCAACCCCAACAACAAAGGGGUGUUGAUGUUCAAGAAACAUCGACAAAGGGCUAAGAAAUUCACAAUCGUGAGCUACGGCACAGGAGAAGACGAACCAGAGUACAGUGACGAAGAGGACGAGGAAAACGAAGAAGACAAGCAAGGAACCCAAACUGUUGCGUUAACCCUUUUCGCUCCAAACAAUUCUGAAAUAGACAAGCAAUUUCUUAGUAAUGCCCAAAGAGGAAAAGGUGUGCUAACUAUCAACUUGGACAAGGGUCUCCUUGAGAUCGAAAAGAGCCUGAAAAACCAAGAAGAGAUGGAAUGUUUGCCUGAAACCAAGGGUAAGGGAGCUCUGAUGUUUGCCCAACGGCGUCUGAGGAUGGAUGAGAUUUCUGCUGAACAUGAGGAGCUAAGGAGCCAUGGUAUUCCAGUGGAAGGCGUUUUGGAGGUAGAAAAGAAGAUAGCGGAGCACUCCUACAUGCAGUCCACAACAGAGGGCCAUGCUUACAUGGAUGUAAAUAUACACCAACAAAGCCAACAUCAACAACAGCAAUAUCAGGAGCAGCAAUACUAUGAGCAACAACAGAAAUACCAACAACAGCAACAGCAAUACCAGCAACAACAACAUAACUACCAACAACAACAACAGCAACAACAACAACAACAGCAGCAAUACCAACAACAGUAUCAGCAGCAGCAGUAUGAACAACAGCAUUAUCAGCAGCAGCAAAUGUAUCAGCAGCAGCAAGUAUAUAAUCAAGAACAGCAAAUGCAGCACUAUUCUACAAACAUCAAUGGCACAGUCCAACAACAAACCAGUGAAAUGCAGAGCUCUUUCAGCAAUCGUACUGCAAAGCCUUUUUCAGCAGAAAACAUAGAGCCUACCCCUUAUUCUGCCGCAAUGAGUGGGACCAAUCAAGAUUCUAUCGGCCAAGGAGAGCAGAUAGCUUCACGAGAUGAGCGCAUUUCUACCCCUGCUAUUAAGAGUGGUCUUUUGAUGGAUGCAAGGAGAAGAAACGUGGGCAAGCCUAUGUUCACUUUUAAGGAUGCCCCAAAAUUAUCACCGAACCCAGCCUUGCUAAACCUCUUAAACAGGGGUGAUAAGAGGUUGGGCUUUGAGUCAGGAGGUGAGGAAGACUACCUUAGCCUUGGAGCUGAGGCUUGUAAUUUCCUCCAGUCUACAAGAGGUAAACCCAAGAUUCCUCCACCGGUUGCUCCAAAGCCUGUGAUCAACCCCAACUCUCCUCUUUGGUCCCCACAGCUAGAGGUGACAAACCAGGACAUGCCUCAACAGGCUGAAAAUAGUUUGACCACACCUGCUGUAGCCCCCACCACAGAGACUACUCUUGCUCCAGAACUAGAGCCAACCCCUGCACCUGCCCCUGAGUCCUCUCCCCUUCCUGCCCCCCAGGAGGCUACUGCCAGCAACACAACAGAGGACCAGCACACAUGGACUCUCCAGACAGAAUCUCAGCAACAGCAAUUGCAAGUUUCAACUCAAGAGGAAAAUUGUCAAAUGAAUUCUACGCUACAGCAAGAGCAUGCUCCUACGACUAGUUGGUCUACAGCACAGACAGAAGCUCAACAACAGCCACCUACCAAUUCAUGGCCUCCAACUCAAGUGCAACCCCAGGAACCAACUCCAAGUCAGUCCCCACCACAACCACCAUGGGUGACACGUCAACCGCCCAAUACCCAAGCACAGGUUCAACCGCCCUCAAAUACUUGGACCCCUCAAAUUCAGCCAUCAUGGAGUCAGCCUCAAGAGCAAACACAAGCCCAGGCACAGCCGCCAUGGGUCCAGCCUCAAGAGCAACCACAUCCUCAACCCCAAUAUCAGACAUCUUGGACACACACUCCCGAGCAGCCAAAUCUGCAGCAAAUGCAGCCAACUUGGAGUCAACCCCAAGAUCCAAUGCGGCAGCAGCCUCAGGCCCAAUGGGCACAGCCAUCACAAACAGAUUCUCAGCAUCAACCACCAUGGGUGUCACAACAGCAGCAAAAAUCCCAACCACCUUGGGUUCAACAGGUUCAGCCAGAAUCACAGCCACAGCCACCAUGGGUUCAGCAACCACAGCAUCAGGCUGCUCAACAAGCAUGGCCACAGGUUCAAGCACAAGGCCAGCCUCAACCACCUUGGGUUUCAGCUCAGCCUCAACAGCAACAGCAGCCAUCAAUGAAUACAUGGCCUCCAUCACAUGCUCAAGCUCAAGUCCAGCCUCCUUGGGGCCAAGCAGCCCAAACACAGCCUCCUGCACAGCCCCAAGCCAAUUUGAAUCCAUGGGCACCAGUACCUCCACAUGCUGACUCCCAACCAUCAUGGGCCCAGCACCCUUCAGAACAUGGGCAGCAACCAAUGAAUUCUUGGGCCCAAGAUCAAAACCCUGCUCACCAACAACCACCUUGGGCUCAACCAGUUCCAAGUCAGCCAGCACCACAGUCAAACUGGCAACAGUCCCCUUCAAAGACUCCCCCACAGCCACCAAUGAAUACAUGGCCUUCAACUCAGACCCAGCCUCAGAGACCUGAGAAUGCCUGGAUACCACAGCCACAGCAGACACCUGUGAAUGCUCCUACCUCGAUAAUGAACCCUCGUCCCUCUCCAAAACCUUGGAAUCCACCACAAAGUUCUCCCCAAAGUCGGACUCCUCCACCUCCGCCACAGCGAAUGCACUCUUUUACAAUUGGCCAAAGAGUUUCAUCACCCAUCAACCCAAUGGCCACCGUCUUAAAUCCAUCUUCCCAAGGUUCAGCUUUUGAGAUGCCAGCAGUAAGAGGGAAAGGAGCUGAUAUGUUUGCCAAGAGGCAGUCCCGAAUGGAGAAGUUUGUUGUGGACUCUGAGACUGUGGAAGCAAACAAGGCAAGCAGACCACCAUCCCCAGUUGCUUCAUUACCCAAUGAGUGGAAGUAUACACCCAAUGUACGUGCUCCACCUUCACGGUCUUUUAAUCCUAUACAGUCCCCUUCUUAUCCCCCAGCAGCAACAAAGCAGCCUCCGCCAAGUAACUCUUCAUCCAAAGCCAAGAAAAAAGAGAAGCAGAAGCCUGCACCUAAACCCCUUAAUGUUAUAGAUGUUAUGAAGCAUCAGCCCUAUCAACUUAAUUCUUCACUCUUUACCUAUGGCCCAGCAGCAGAGGCUGCCAAGCCCCCUGCACCUAAACCUGAAUGUCCUCCUCCUAACCCACCUGUAGAAAACCAACCAAUUCACUAUGAGCCAAUGGCUACUGUUCAGCAAGCUGGACAGUACAGUGCUCAAUAUCCACAGCAAGCCUAUGGGAUGCCCAUGCAGCCUUUGAUGCAUGAUGGCCACUACCAACAAAACCCAGUUAAUGUUUAUCCUCCCUCAAACCCUUACCAACAAUCUCCAGGUGUUUCAUACCAACAGUCAUACAACCAACAGUAUCAGCAACCUGCCCCACCUCUUUAUCAACCCCAAUCCCCUCAGUCUCCAAACUCUCCCUACCAGCAGGCCCCUUACCAACAAGCCAAUAACACCCCCUACCAGCAGGCUCCACAGGCCCCUUACCAGCCAGCUAAUAGUCCUCCCUACCUAGCAGCUCCCUCAGCACCUUACCAGCCACAGCCUCCCUCAAGCUACCUUGCUCCUAGUUUUCCUAUUGCGGCAAGGCCUGAAUCUGUAUCAGGUGGCAGCCCUGCAGCUGCUCCUAAACCUAGGUUUACUGCUAAAAAGAGCUCGGCUCAGGUGUGGAAGCCUACUGCAGUGGAGAAAGAAUAAUUCAUGUAGAAUCAUGAUUUGUUUGACGUCUGCGUGAGUCUGAGGGUUGGAGCUCCUUAAGUCCACUGCCAAGUGGACUAUUUUGAGCACAUACACUUGCUUGGGCAAUGAGGAACCUAACCUUUACCCACUCUUGUUAUUGUCAUGAGGACGAGCUGGAUAUUUUUGAAAGUUGAGGGAUUGUAGGGAUGGCAUCACAAACAAUUUAGAAAGUAAAAAUAACAAGAUGGGGGUAUAUCUUAACAGGCACAAAAAUAGGCAAAAUGAAUUUGUAACCACAUGUUUAGCAGUGUUUUUUACGUGUUCUCAAAAUAUGAUGCACAUGAUAUUUAACUUCAGUCAAUCACCAUCAAGUAAUUUUAUUUAAUGUUAAGAAUCUAAAGGAUGGCAAUAUUAGAAUGUAGGUGAGAAAGGUGCUCGGUAAAGAUUUGAAAGAAAGGAGUGAGAAAUAAAAUAAAUCAGUGAAGGGUUAGACAGUGACAACAGCAAGUCAAAAUUAUGAAGAGAAGAAAAUAUUAAAUGUGCCUUUGGUUUUUUUGAUCGACAGACAACAUAAAAUAAAAAAAGAAGUUCCAUAAUUUAUAAGUGGUAAAUGCAAAAUUGAAUAGACUUAAGAUAGAAAUGAAGAAGUGAGAAGGAAGGGUGUGGUCCUUUCGGUGUAAUGAUACCAAGCUGAAGGCUAAAUUUGCAAUGUCAGUGAAGUCAUAGAGCAUAGAUUAUGUAACAACUCAAUGGAGUUCAAAUUAAAGCUGAAAACAUCAAUACCCCUAGAAAAACAAAAAAACACUUUCUCUCUUGAACUUAAAUUUUGAUUUUAGUAAACAAUUGAUUCUUCGUUGGCUUCCCCCAGUGUUUUUUCCAUUGCACUACAUAUGUGGGUUAAAUGUAUUUUAAGCUUUGUAACCAGCUGUUGCGUCAUGUCAGCAGCUAUUUUUGAACUGCCUCAUGAGAGGUAGUGCUGAUGUCCAGAGAUAGUAGGCUUAAAUAUCAACUUAAACCAUUGAAAGCUUCUUAAUCUCAGACCCUCGUAGUAUUUUUUUUUAUAAUAACAGAAAAAUAUAUAACAUUUACCACAGCACCAGCUUCACUCUUCCUUGCAACUUCUUCUGCUUUUGUUUUAUAUGAAUAGAUGUUUAAUGAUCUAUAAAAGAAUAAUUAUUGAAAGGAUAAUCAGCCUGGUAAUGUAAACAAAUAUAUAUUAGAUACAGGGCUGCUUUUGUUCUUCAUGUUCUUUUCUGUUUCUUUUUCUUUUGUGUGUUUCUCCUCAUAGUGCACUUUUCUGUAUGAUUCACUGCAGUGCCAUUAAAAUGUCUUUUAUCCUUG